GUAGCCGAGGCUUGGGGGGCCAGUUCCGGCCCCGGCUUCCCCGGGCUGGCCUCCCUCGAGUGGAGGCGGAGAGGGAGAGAGAGACACCGGGUGGCGUUGUGAUAUCAAAGGAAAGGUGCUAUCAUGGGGAACCAGCUGGCUGGUAUUGCACCUUCUCAGAUUCUUUCUGUGGACAGCUAUUUCUCAGACAUCCAUGACUUUGAAUAUGAUAAAAGCCUGGGCAGUACUCGCUUUUUUAAAGUUGCCCGAGCUAAGCACCGAGAAGGUCUAGUGGUUGUCAAAGUGUUUGCCAUUCAAGAUCCAACUCUACCAUUGACUAGUUACAAGCAGGAGCUGGAAGAACUCAAAAUAAGGCUGCAUUCGGCACAAAACUGUCUGCCAUUUCAGAAAGCCACAUUGUCUGAAAAAGCAGCAAUGCUGUUCAGGCAAUACGUUCGGGAUAAUCUCUAUGACCGGAUUAGUACUCGGCCUUUCUUAAACAACAUUGAAAAAAGGUGGAUAGCCUUCCAAAUCUUGACUGCAGUGGACCAAGCACAUAGGUCCGGGGUCCGUCAUGGGGACAUCAAAACUGAAAAUGUCAUGGUGACAAGCUGGAACUGGGUUCUUCUUACAGAUUUUGCAAGUUUUAAACCAACCUACCUUCCUGAGGACAACCCUGCAGAUUUCAAUUAUUUUUUUGAUACAUCACGAAGGAGGACAUGUUACAUUGCUCCAGAGCGGUUUGUUGAUGGCAGCAUGUUUGCCACUGAGUUGGAGAACAUGAGAGAUCCUUCCACUCCCCUGGUGGACCUAGCCAACAGUAAUCAACGAAGCAGAGGGGAGCUGAAACGUGCAAUGGAUAUCUUUUCUGCAGGUUGCGUAAUUGCAGAGCUGUUUACAGAAGGUGUACCCCUGUUUGACUUAUCACAGCUUUUGGCAUACAGAAAUGGUCUCUUUGCCCCAGAGCAAGUCUUGAAGAAAAUUGAAGACCGAAGUAUUAGAGAACUGGUUAUCCAAAUGAUCCAUUGUGACCCAGAAAAACGUUUAUCAGCUGAAGACUACUUGAAACAACAGCGUAAUAAUGCUUUCCCUGAAAUAUUUUACACUUUCCUCCAGCCUUAUAUGGCGCAGUUUGCCAAGGAGACCUUUGUAUCUGCAGAUGAGCGCAUCCUGGUUAUUCGUAAAGAUCUGGACAAUAUCAUUCACAAUCUCUGUGGGCAUGACCAGACAGAAAAAGCCGAGGGAGAGACAAAGGAGAACGGGCUGGUCAUUUUGGUUUCAGUAAUAACUUCAUGCCUGCAGACUCUCAAAUACUGUGAUUCAAAGCUAGCUGCCUUGGAGUUGAUUCUCCAGCUGGCACCCAGGUUAAGUGUGGAAAUCCUGCUUGAUCGUAUCACACCGUAUCUCUUGCAUUUCAGCAGUGACUCUGUGCCCAGAGUGAGGGCGGAAGCUGUUAGGACACUCACUAAAGUUCUUGCUCUUGUCAAAGAGGUGCCACGCAAUGACAUCAACAUCUAUCCGGAGUACAUCUUGCCAGGCAUUGCCCACUUGGCCCAGGAUGAAGCCACGAUUGUCCGACUUGCUUAUGCUGAAAACAUAGCAUUGUUGGCGGAAACUGCUCUGAGAUUCUUGGAACUUGUCCAGCUGAAAAACCUUAACAUGGAGAAUGAAACAAACAGUGAAGAAACAGAUGAUGCAACACACCCUAGUGAAAAUUAUGACACUGAGCUUCAGGCCUUACAUGAAAUGGUCCAGCAGAAAGUUGUCACAUUGCUGAGCGAUCCAGAAAACAUUGUGAAGCAGACCUUGAUGGAAAAUGGAAUCACUCGCCUUUGUGUCUUCUUUGGACGUCAAAAAGCCAAUGAUGUUCUCCUGUCCCAUAUGAUCACCUUCCUUAAUGAUAAAAAUGAUUGGCAUCUGCGGGGAGCUUUUUUUGAUAGUAUAGUUGGUGUUGCUGCUUAUGUUGGCUGGCAAAGUUCCUCAAUCUUGAAGCCUCUUCUCCAGCAAGGGCUCAGUGAUGCUGAAGAAUUUGUCAUCUAUAAAGCCCUCAAUGCCCUUACUUGUAUGUGCCAGUUAGGGCUUCUACAGAAACCACAUAUAUAUGAAUUUGCCAGUGACAUUGCACCGUUUCUGUGCCAUCCCAAUCUCUGGAUACGCUACGGAGCAGUUGGUUUUAUUACUGUCGUAGCACAGCAUUUGAACAUUGCCGAUGUUUAUUGCAAGCUCAUGCCUUACCUUCAGCCUUUUAUCACUCAGCCCAUAAUACAGAUAGAUAAAGAAAUAGUCCUACUGAGUGUCCUCAAAGAGCCUGUAAGCCGUUCUAUAUUUGAUUAUGCCCUUCGAUCAAAGGACAUAGGGAGCCUUUUCAGAACACUUCAGCUUCGUCAGAAGAAAAGGAAUGGAACUCUUCCUGAAUGCCCACCCCCUGAAGAUCCAGCAAUUGCACAGCUGCUGAAGAAGCUACUUUCUCAAGGGAUGACCGAGGAAGAAGAAGACAAACUACUAGCCUUAAAAGACUUCAUGCUGAAGUCAAACAAAGCCAAAGCUAAUAUAGUGGACCAGAGCCAUCUUCAGGACAGCACCCAGAAAGGAGUGAUUGACCUGGCAGCUCUAGGUAUACCUGGGAGACAAGUUGAUCUUGUCAAAACUAAGCAGGAGUCUGACGACAAACGUGCUAGAAAACAUGUAAAACAGGAUUCAAAUGUAAAUGAAGAAUGGAAGAGUAUGUUUGGUUCUUUGGAGCCUUCUAAUGUACCUCAACCAAUCAACAAAGGUCACAGCCAAGCCACAGAUCAAGAAGCCAUCCAGAGUGGGAAACCUCUUCGAUCUGAGUCUUCAGCUGGUAUUCCUGUGCCUUUGUCAUCUUCACCACAGGCAGCAGAUGGAACAGUUGUCCAAGUCAGGAAACCAGCUAUACAAGUUUUAACCAGUAUUGCUUCACCGUCAACAUACCAACUGCGCAUUACUUCUUGUAAAACAGAACUUCAGCAGUUAAUCCAGCAAAAGCGUGAACAGUGCAAUGCAGAAAGAAUUGCUAAACAGAUGAUGGAGAAUUCUGAGUGGGAGAGCAAGCCUCCACCUACAGGAUGGCAUCCUAAAGGACUUCUAGUUGCUCAUCUUCAUGAACAUAAAGCUGCAGUGAACCGCAUCAGAGUUUCUGAUGAACAUUCAAUUUUUGCCACAUGCUCAAAUGAUGGAACAGUGAAAAUCUGGAACAGUCAGAAAAUGGAAGGCAAGACUACUACAACUAGAUCAAUUCUGACAUAUUCUAGGAUUGGAGGGCGUGUGAUGACUCUCACUUUUUGCCAGGGUUCUCAUUACUUGGCUAUUGCUUCAGAUAAUGGAGCCAUUCAACUGCUUGGGAUUGAAGCUUCAAAACUACCUAAAUCUCCAAAGAUCCAUCCAAUUCAAAAUAGGUGUUUGGAUCAGAAGGAUGAUGGCUGUGUGGUAGACAUGCAUCAUUUUAACUCAGGAGCCCAGUCAGUGUUGGCUUAUGCCACUGUGAAUGGUUCCUUGGUAGGAUGGGACCUGAGAUCCUCCAGUAAUGCCUGGACAUUAAAACAUGAUUUGCGGUUGGGACUUAUAACCUCAUUUGCUGUUGACAUGCAUCAGUGCUGGCUCUGUAUCGGUACAAGUAGUGGCACCAUGGCUUGCUGGGACAUGAGGUUCCAGUUACCCAUUUCCAGCCAUUCCCACCCUUCCAGGGCACGGAUCAGAAGACUGUUGAUGCAUCCCCUUUCCCAGUCAUGGGUGAUUGCAGCUGUUCAAGGCAAUAAUGAAGUCUCCAUGUGGGAUAUGGAAACAGGUGACAGACGCUUCACAUUAUGGGCCAGCAGUGCACCUCCUCUUUCAGAAAUGCAGCCUUCACCUCAUAGUGUUCAUGGAAUAUACUGCAGCCCAGCAGAUGGAAAUCCUAUAUUAUUGACAGCAGGUUCAGACAUGAAGAUAAGAUUCUGGGAUUUAGCAUACCCAGAGAGGUCCUACAUAGUUGCUGGAAGUUCUAGCUCCCCGUCUGUAUCAUACUAUCGAAAGAUUAUUGAAGGAACAGAAGUAGUUCAGGAAAUUCAAAACAAGCAGAAGAUAGGGCCCACUGAUGAAACUCCCCGGAGAGGUCCAGAGUCUCUGCCGGUUGGGCACCAUGAUAUUAUUACAGACAUUGCCACUUUCCAGACAACUCAAGGAUUUAUAGUUACUGCAUCACGAGAUGGGAUUGUCAAAGUGUGGAAGUAACAGUUGCACUGAUGUAUAAAUAUUGUAAAUAAUAAAUGGCAAGAAAUUGAGCUGCUUUGAAGAAUUCCUUCCAGAACAUAAGGACAAUGGUCUAUGAAGCACAGGAAUGUGACCAGUAAGUCUCUUAGCAACACUGAUCACAAAUAUUAGUCGCUCUUUCAGAAACUGCCACUAUAUUAAAGCAAAAUGAUUUAUGUAGCAUUUUCUAAAACUACCAUGCCAAAAAAAAAUAGUGAAGAAAAUGUACUAAACAUCUAACCAUGGCAUUGUUCAGAACGCUUUAAAAUUGUUUAUAAACAUGAAGAAAACAGCUGUGUUCCACAUAGACAAUAUUUAUGCAAACAGACCUUUUUUUUUACAGUGAAUGAAAGAAUGAUAAAAUUGCACUUUUGUUCAUGCAUAUUCAAACUCCUGUGUACUAAAUAUGGAAAAUAAAGAGUUUGAAUCA